AUGGGGAUUUUUCAAGAGAUUAUUGAGAGCAAGAGUGCUGAGGUGUGGACCGAUGAUACUGAGAUGUGGAAGCUCCUUGGCUACGAGGCACCAGUUCGUGUGGAUCUGAUGGAAAGGAUAUGUGACCUUACAAAUUUAGCGGUUGGCGUAAAGUUCUCACCUUCUCUGCAAGCCAACCCGCCACCAUUAGUUCCUGUGGAACGGAUUCGAAAGGGACUGAACAUUUGCCCCCACCGACUCAAUGGUUGUUAUUUGUUACAGCUUGAUGAAACUACCAUGCUCAAAGUCGGAGUAGGUGUUCAAAUGGGAGAAGCAGAAGCUAUGAUUCUGGUCAAGAAUCAAACAUCAGUCCCUGUUCCUCAGGUUUUCAAUGCUUAUUUGAUCGAGGAUAUCGGAUUCAUUCUGAUGGAGAAAAUAGACGGCAUCCAGCUCGGUCAAAGCUGGCCAGAAUUACCCCGAACGCUGAAGGAGUCAUUCGCACAGGAGCUACGAGGCUAUAUACAGCAAUGGCGCCAGAUAAAGGGAUCAUUUUUCGGGACGGUCGAUAAUGGCCCAUGCCGAGAGAGUGUUUUUCAACACCCCUGGGAGAACAAAGUCUACCACUAUGGGCCGUUCACUUCCCGUAAAGACUUCAAUAAGGGGAUGGUGGAGGCUUUGGCGAAUUCUAGGCCGAAUCAAAAACUAGAGACAGAGCAGGAUAAGCUCUUUGCAGAAGAACUCCUCAUGUCUGGAAUCGACCAGGAAGAAGUCAAAGUACUUACUCAUGGCGACCUGGACCAGUCUAACAUCAUGGUUCGGGACGGGAAAAUCACAGGGAUCAUUGACUGGGGCGCUGCAGGUUACAGUGUGCCAGAGAGGGAGUACUACGCCUUGCGGUGGCCAGCCUUAGAUUCAGACUGGCGCGAACUCUCUACAUCUAUUCUACCGCCAGAUGGAUACGAUUAUUGGUAUAACAUCAACCGUCAAAUGAUGCUAUACACAUGUAUCUAA